GUUCACAGGCUCAUGGCUUUAAUUCCACCAAUUUGGGAGGCAAAGAUAAGAGAAUAACUUGAGGCCAUAAGUUUAAGACCGUUUCUUUAAAAAACUUUAAAUAUCAGACUGGCAGAGUGACAGGCACUUUUCAUCCCAAUUACUCAAGGGGGAGCAGGUGUGUGAGGAUCACUGCAGCCCAGGAAUUCGAGGUUUCAGUGAGCUAUGAUUGUACCACUGCACAUCAGCUUGGGCAAAAGAGCAAGACCCUAUCUCAAAAAUACAGAAAAAUCGUCAAUCACUUGUAGUCAUUGCAGGAAUCAAUAAUUUCCUCCAGUUAUGUCCCUGAUCCACAGGCUUCAUUUGUGCGAGUACUGGGGCUAUGCUCUCAGCAAUGUGGCCUUCUGGGAAGGACGUCCAUUGCCCUUGAUGAUUGUGAUGCAUGUGCCAUACAAACUGCCUGUGUCCUUGUCUAUUGGUUCCUGUGUGAUUAUCAAAGGAACACCGAUCCUCUCUUUUAUCAAUGACCCACAGCUGCAGGUGGAUUUCCACACUGGAAUGGAUGAGGACUCAGAAAUUGCCUUCCAUUUCCGAGUGCACUUUGGCCAUCGCAUGGUCAUGAACAGUCGUGAGUUUGGGAUAUGGAAGUUGGAAGAGAAAUCAUACUUCGUGCCCUUUGAGGAUGGCGAACCAUUUGAGCUGCGCAUCUACGUGCGUCACAGUGAGUACGAGGUAAAGGUAAACGGCCAACGCAUUUACAGCUUUGUCCAUCGACUCCCGCCAUCAUUUGUGAAGAUGAUGCAAGUGUGCAGAGAUAUCUUCCUCACCUCAGUGUGUGUCUGCAAUUGAGAGAGAUGAUCACAUUCCUCACUGUUGAGGAAUCCCUUUUUCUACCUGACCAUGGGAUUCCUAGAGCCUGCUAACAGAAUUGUCCCUCUUUAUCCCUUCCCCCACACUUGGUUAUUAAAAAAGCACCAAACCUCACA